CAGACCUAAGCAGCGAAAACCCUUGGAAAAAUUUCCUCUUUUAAAAACCCCACCCCCCAUCUCCCUCUCGCCGCUUCUCUUCUUCUUAACAUCAUCUCCACAUCGUCUGCGAUUCCGAAAACAUGGCUCUACCAAACCAGCAAACCGUCGAUUACCCUAGCUUCAAGCUCGUCAUUGUUGGUGACGGAGGCACAGGGAAAACCACUUUUGUCAAGAGACAUCUUACUGGGGAGUUUGAGAAGAAGUACGAACCUACCAUUGGUGUGGAGGUUCAUCCUUUGGAUUUCUUCACAAACUGUGGCAAGAUCCGUUUCUACUGCUGGGAUACUGCUGGUCAAGAGAAGUUCGGUGGCCUUAGGGAUGGUUACUACAUCCAUGGUCAAUGUGCAGUAAUUAUGUUUGACGUCACAGCGCGGCUCACAUACAAGAACGUUCCGACAUGGCACCGUGAUCUAUGCAGGGUGUGUGAGAACAUCCCUAUUGUUCUCUGCGGGAACAAAGUUGAUGUCAAGAACAGGCAAGUCAAGGCCAAGCAGGUGACGUUCCACAGGAAGAAGAAUCUGCAGUACUAUGAGAUAUCUGCCAAGAGUAACUACAACUUCGAGAAGCCCUUCUUGUACCUCGCUAGGAAACUUGCUGGCGACCCUAACCUUCACUUUGUCGAGUCACCAGCUCUUGCUCCCCCUGAGGUUCACAUCGACGUUGCCGAGCAGCAGAAGAACGAGGCUGAUCUCAUUGCCGCCGCUGCUCAGCCUCUCCCCGAUGAUGAUGAUGACGCUUUUGAGUAAACAAAAGAUGUUCCGAGAUGUAUGCUGCAGUGGUUUUGCUGAUUCUCUUCUUUGUUUUGGUUUUUGUUCUAUGUUGCGUUGAUGUUACAUAUGGAAUGAAUCGAGUGUUUUAGAACUAAUAUUGGGGAAUAUUGAGAUUGUUCCGUUUUGGAAUAGAGCGAGUUGUUUUUGAACCAAAAUAGAUUAUGCAAUCAAGGAUCUUAUUUGGCGGAA